UUCCUUAUCCUUUCCAAAGCUUCUAAAUCUGAUUCUAGUGCCCAAACUGCAGCAAUGUGAUUACAAAUUCUGGACAGUUAUUAAUGAGAAUUCUUGGGUGAAAAGGCAGUGACAUCCAUCCAUGCAUGAUAGAAUCCCUCUACGUAAAUCUUCACUGCACUCCCUUUAUUAGCAAUUACAGUGUAAGGGGAUCAAAACUUUACAUGCACCAUGUGAUGUGAAAUCACCUUGGCGUUGCAGUCUUCCCAAGGUUACUUUCAUAUUGAGGGUGGGUGGAACUAGUGAAGAAAUAAGAUGAGAACAAGGGUGAAGGCAAUGAAGGUGAGCUGCAACUGCCCGGGCUCCGGCUGAGGGCAAGUCCCACCUCCGGGGGCCGCUCCGGCGGGCGGAACGCUCACCCGGGGAGACGGCUGCCGGGGAGCUCAAAUUGGAGGCGCAGGCGGAUGCAGCGAUGAGCCGGAGAUUGAAGGUGGUACAGCAGGCUGUGUGCUUACGUGGCCUUCUCCGCAGGAUCUGGCCAGCUGUUGGGUACUGGCAGCUCUCCACACAAGAGAAACACAAUGCUGCAUGUACAGAGUCUUGCAAAUGUAUCCACUCUGGGUUCUCAUCAGCCCGGAUUCUCAGUCAUUCUGGGAAAAUUUCACCGGACUCCUAUUUGAUCCCAAAGACAAAACUCCACUUCUCUUUUUCCAGGGAUGUGGAGGGCAAUUUAAAUCCUGCAGGAAAGCAUUUCAGAAAAUUGGACACAGAUGCCUCUGAAGUAGAGAAUAUGGUUGAAUCCCUUUUGAAUCUGGGAUUCACCCAGGUUCAAGUGAAGCAACUGCUCGACUUGAAUCGCAGAAAUGCCGCACAGGUUCCACUGAAGGGUCUCCCGGUGCUCUGCAUCCUUGAGAGCCUUGGUCUAAACCCAAGCAGCACCUUAAAGGUCUUUGAGAGGUGCCCCGAACUGCUUGGAUUGAAGGACCACCAGCUGCAGUCACGCAUUGACAACCUGCGGAAGCAUGGACUGGGCGAAGGGAGACUACAACGUGUCUCGGUGCAUUGCCCAGAGAUUCUGAAUCUCUCUGCAAAGCAGGUGAACAGCACUGUGCGCUUUCUCAAAGACAAGUGUAUUUUCACAGGACAGCAGGUCACAGAAAUCCUCCAAACUUCGCCCAAUGUUCUCUUUGAAAACUUUGAAGAACUGGAAUACAAAUUCCAGGAUGUGGAUGUCACCACCAGUGCUGAUACUUAUUCUCCGUCCUCAAUCCCCAAAUUGUGGAAGCAAUUAAAAGUCAACCACAUUGGUGGGUCUGGAAUCACACAAGGCCAGACUGGUUCGCAUAUUUCCGAAUGGGACUAAAACAAGCAGCGAUACUGAAAUCUGGAAUACUCCGGGUGUCAGUGGAAGAACUGAAACAACGCCUUAUCUUCUUAGAACGGCUCGGGCGUUACCAGACUCCAGAUAAGAAGGGUCAGACUCAGAUCAUAAACCCCAAACCAAAGGACAUAAUUGCCACCACUGAAGAUUAUUUCUUAGCUAAAGUGGCUAUGUCAUCUUGGGAAGAGUUUGAUACCUUUAAGAAGCUUCUGAAGCGCGAGGAGGUAGAAAAAAGAGAACUUUGGGAUCAAGAAGGUAGUAUAUCUGAAGAACUGUCUGACAGUGAGGAGGACGAGGAACUGCUUCCAGAAAAUUAGUGAAGGUUCCAUCAAAAUAAAAUUCAGUGUUGGGGUUUAAAAGAUUCAUUAAUGAAAACACUUUUGUAUAAUCCCAUGCUUGAUUUUGUAUCCAAAAGCCUGCUUCACUCACGAUUUGAAGACGGUGAAAGAUGGCUACUAACAGUGGAAAUCGUGAUGUUACAAUAAAAAUAGGUCAGUUGAAUAAUAUAGGAUGUAUCAGAGAGGGCUGAGCUCUUUGCUCCAAAGACUUAUCUUUGAUUUUCUACCACUUUAUUUGGAAAGAAAUCCUUCCACACUGUACCAAAAAAAAUUAAACGAGACUGAAUUACUGAAUCUUACAAAUUGUCUAUGUUCUGUUGAUAAUUCAGAAUAAAUAUAAUUCCCUUUUUGAAAUUAGAAAGAACAAGGUCUUUGCUGCAAUUGAACUCCACCAUUCUACAAUCCAACAGUAACAGCACGAACUGUAGUUCUGUAAUGAGUGAGCAACAAGGCUGCUUAUGGGAUAAGUGAUAUCUGAGUGAAUGUAUUGCUUACAUAAUUAAAAUUCAGGAUUGGA